AUGAAGACCAAACUAGUUUUCAUUUCUGCUGCUGUAGCAAGCGCCCAGCAGGUCUACCUCGAAGUUGAUGGACCGUCCUCAUUACCGCAAUGUGCCGCCAACAACUCAUAUGCAACUGCACGUCCUUCCUACACCUUCCGAGACUUUAGCUAUACGCAGACAGAGACUGUUCGCACCGCCACAUCUGUUCCAGCUCCCACAACCACAACAUCAUAUGCGCCAGGUUAUGCGUCUCUCAGCAGUCUGGUACCCAAUCUGACCACCACCCAGUGGGGCAACUGGGAUCCUUCGGUGACUCCGUCUGUAACGGACUUGCAAAAUCCGUAUGGGAAUGCUUCUUGGACUGCGCUAUGGACAACCAUUCCAUGGGUGAACUUCACGAGAGGCAUCUACUCUACUACUGUGUCGCCUACACCUGUGCCGACUAGUGAGCUAGCAUUACCUCCUCCCGAGGUCUUCGGUCCUCAGAGCUGUUACAAAUUCCCUGCCGAUUUUCUACUGGGUGUGGCGGCGUCAGCAUGUCAAAUUGAGGGAGCUGUUGCAGACGAGGGUCGAACUCCUACCCACAUUGACCUAUUGAGUCUGGCACCAGGAAGGGCCAGCAACUUCGUUGCCAACGAGAACUAUUACCUGUAUAAGCAAGACAUCGAGCGCAUUGCAGCCAUGGGUGUGAAGUACUACCGAUUUUCCAUCCCAUGGACGCGUAUCAUGCCGUUUGCUAUUCCGGGUAGCCCGAUUAACAAGCAGGGUCUGGCGCAUUACGACGACCUGAUCAACUUUGUGCUUGAAAAAGGCAUGUUACCUGCCAUCGUACUCCACCACAAUGACAGCCCAAUGUCAUUUUACUCUAACACAUCGGAGACUUCCAUUGAGCCCGGAACAGGGGGCAUUGGUGUCGUCGAUGGUGGAUUCCACCGCUCCUCCAAGAACGUCUCCUUUGAAGACGCUUUCGUGAACUAUGGAAAGAUCGUCAUGACUCACUUUGCAGACCGUGUACCCAUCUGGUGGACGUUCAAUGAACCGCUUCUUGCUUCUCGCAACGGGAAGUCGAUCAAUGCUGUCAUCAAAGCGCAUGCGCGGCUGGCGCAUUUCUACCGUGAAGAAAUUGGCGGUACGGGCAAGAUCUCGUUGACCUUCAACGAUAAUUUUGGUGUACCUCGCAACCCAGAAGAUCCUGCAGAUGUGGACGCCGCGUUCCACUUCAAUUCUUUCCAGAUUGCGACCUUCUCGAACCCCAUUUUCCUUGGGCAAGAUUACCCAGAAUCCUUCAAGAUGACGAUCUCUGACUACGUACCCCUCACCGCUGAAGAUUUGGCAUACAUAAACGGAACCGCAGAUUUUCUCUCGAUCCAGCCCUACACUGCCACCGUUGUUAGUCCCCCGCCGAACAACACGAUCGCUGAAUGUGCCGCAAAUAUUACGCACCCGCUACGACCAUAUUGUGUAACACAGGGCACACUCAGUACAACUGGAUGGAACAUCGGCUAUAGAAGCCAGUCAUAUGUCUACCUGACACCAGCUUACUUCCGUACCUUCCUCAACUACUUAUACAACACUUUCCGCGCCCCCGUGCUAGUUAGCGAACUCGGCUUCCCCGUAUUUGGUGAAGCAUUGAAGUCUCAGCCCGACCAGGAGUUUGACAGUCCGCGCAGCUGGUACUACCAGUCUUAUCUUAAUGAAGGUCUUAAGGCUAUCUGGGAAGAUGGCGUCGAGUUCAUCGGCACUUUUGCGUGGAGUUUCAUGGACAACUGGGAGUUUGGUGAUUAUGAUCAGCACUUCGGCAUUCAAACUGUAAAUCGGACAACACAGGAGCGUAGGUACAAGAAGAGCUUCUUUGAGUUUGUUGACUUUAUCGAGAGUCGGAGACAAGCAGAGUGA